UAUCCACACGCGCUGUUGAAGAGUGGACCGUUUUGAAUGUAACACUCGACUCUCGACAAGGUUGGUCAGACUCAAUCGUCAAAACAGGCGAGUGAAAUGACACUUUAGUGAAACUAAACUCAGAAUAAAUGUUUUAUAAGUAACACUCCGACUUGACAUGACCGGGAUAAUGUCCAGUGAGUCUGUCAAGUUCGACUAAGCUGGUUGUCCUCUGUUCCUUAGCGAAGUGUGUCCGGCUACAACAACGAAAACUCCACCAACUUAAACCUCCCAUUUAUUUCUAGCGAAAGUUACAAAUAUACAAACUUUCGAAACUAAACCGCACCUAACUUCCUCUAAUAUGGUCACAAAUAAGCGCUGAUGUUUUCUCCGGAACCAAACGACAUGCUGGAUGUGCUGCUGAGUGCAUGGAUGUAGCGCUGCUAUAAUUACUUAAUUAAUGACUUAUCGCACAAGUUUGAUAACUGGGGGCGUGUAGAGUGUUUACAGCAGAAAUGUUUUUAUUUUACAUUCGUUUUUGUCGAACAACUCCUUCUUCACCCACCUUCACCCGAUUGUAUCAGAAACAACCUCUUCAUGGCUGGACCUCGAGAAGUCCAGGGUCCAUCUCGUCUGAUUCACGCUCGACUGCAUCGUUUUGUUCGCGUCGUUCUUCUGUUUGUCACGGCACUAUUUUGCCAAGACUCUUUUCCUCUGCUCCAGUCUGCUCUCCAGUCCCACAUCUUCCUCCUGUCCGCUUCUGUCCUGUGAAGAAGUUUCACACCACAUCUGGACUCCGCGCGCCGCCUGCUCCACUGCUGUGGCUGCUGGUCAAACCUCUGCAGAAGAUCAUAGCCAUCAUCCUGGGCAGAAGUAUCAGGAAAUGGUGGAAAGCUUUGCCAGCCAAUAAGAAGCAGCUCUUGCGUGAGUGGGCGUGGCAGCGGCGAUGGCGUCUGACAGGACUUGGCACGGGGCUCCUGCUCUUCAUGUCGCUCUUCUUUUUUACCUACAUGGAAGAGAGUCCCGUGACUGGAAGAACCCGGUUACUGGUUUUCAGCAAGGAGACCUUUAUUGAACUGACCAAGCAUGCUUCAGAAAUGUGCUUAGAAGAACAUGAGAAGUCGUUGAUCCCCGAUUUUGACCCCAGGCAUCAGGUGGUUACGCAAGUGGUCCAGCACUUGGUCAAUAGAAACCAGGAUAUUGAAGGGAUGAAUUCUGUUCCCUGGACUGUUCACGUGAUCGAGGACUCCACCAUCAACGCUUACGUCAUGCCUAAUGGGAUGAUAUUUGUCUUUACAGGAAUGCUGGAGGCAGUUGGAGACAUCCAUCAGCUGGCUUUUGUCCUGGGGCAUGAGAUGGCCCACGCUCUGAUCGGUCACGCCGCAGAGCAGGCUAGUUUGUCCCAUGUGCUGGAUUUGUUAUCUAUGGUCCUGUUGACAAUGAUUUGGGCGAUCUGUCCUCGAGACAGUCUCGCUUUGUUGGGUCAGUGGACACAAGGCAAACUAGUUGAGCUCUUGUUCAACAGGCCUUACAGUCGGAAACUAGAAGCAGAGGCUGAUCAGGUUGGACUGCAGCUGGCAGCGAAGGCAUGUGUGGAUGUGAGAGCCGGACCUGUGUUUUGGCAGAAGAUGGAGUUAUCCAAUCAAUUACAUGAAGAGUCCUCUAUACCCGAGUGGUUUUCCACCCACCCCUCCCACCGCAGUCGUAUCACACACCUUGACCACCUCGUCCCUGAGGCUUUAGAGCUCCGUGCGAGAUGCGGCUGCCCCGCUCUUUCUGACCCUGAUCCCCGGGUCGCCUUUUCCAAGAUAGCAGGGAUGCUGCUCGAGGACGCGGAGAAAGAAAAAAACAAAGCCAAAGAGUGGAAGGAGAGAGUGCGAGCGGAAGGAACGCAGCAAAGAGUCCAGCCUCAGUUAGGGGCAGUGCUGGCUCUAUCAGCUCAACAGCAGACUCUGCUCAGUAAAGAAGACUUGACUGAACCCUGAGUAAAGAGUUUUAAACGGAAAGAAGAGUCAUUUUACAUGAUAUGCCAUGUAUGAUAGCUACUAUGGCUCUAUUCGAUCAGCGUAAUUGACUAGCGUAAUUGACAUUACGCGAAUAUACAGAUGUUGCCAGCCUCGACAACCAUGCAGGAUUUUUCUCCGUGUGCGUUUUUAUCUGUGAAAAAAUGUGAAGUCUGUAAUGUAUAAUCUGUGAGAUAUAAAUGUGAACAUCUUCUGAACAAGGCAGCGAUAGUAACGAUUGCGAGGGAUUCAUUAACGUUAAUGUUAGAAUUAGCAUAAUAACCCCAUGAAGCUAUAAUUAACUUUUAUGUUUUUAAUUUAGCCAGAAUCAACUUUUUGAUCAUGUUCAGGUGCUAGCGCCGGGCUCUUCAUGGUAGGUAAUGAAUGUAUCCUGAGGACAUGUUAGAGUGUACUGUAAGGGCCUGCUUCCACAAAGGGUCCUGUUUUUGCUUAUUCAUUACAGCAGGUUAUCGCUAUGCAAAGGUAUCGAAAGGUAAUAAUUAAAAAUUUCAUAUGAGAGUAAUUAACAAAUAUGACUGGUCUCUCUCUCUCUCUCUCUCUCGACCAUUUGAUUAUCCACAUGUGGUGCUUUAAGUGUAACUCCAUGUCCUGUGUGUGUGUUUACGCCAUUGUAAAGCCCAAGUCAGAGCCCUUAUGAAUCUCUAAAAGCACUUUUAAAAAUAUAAUAAAAAAUAUAAAAAUAAAA